CUCCGGGUCGCUGGAGGAGCCGGGCAGCGGCGGGGAGGAGGAGGAGGGGGGAAGAUGGCGACUCAAGUCAGCGAACUGGAGGCGGCGAAGAAAACCCUGACGGAGGCGCUGGGGGAGAACAUGAAGCAAUACUGGGCAAACUUGAAACUUUGGUUCAAGCAAAAGAUAAGUAAAGAGGAGUUUGAUAUGGAAGCCAGGAGGCUCCUUACUCAUGAUAAUGUGCAUUCUCAUAAUGACUUCUUGCUUGCCAUCCUCACGAGAUGUCAGAUUAUGGUUUCAGCUCCAGAAGGUACGUCCUCUCUACUAUGGAACAGUCAAUCGGCUGCUAAACCCGGUAAACCUAAAAGCAAAAAAAAGUUCCCAUCCCUCCGGGCAAAGUUUGAACAUCGUUUCCAAGCACAGAACCCUUUGUCAGGGGCACAGAACUUUGUGAUGAAGGAUCCCCAAGAGGAGGAUGAUGUGAAGUUUUGCACUCACACCAUGGUGCUUCCCUCAAGAGGGCAAUUAGAAGGCCGGAUGAUCGUAACAGCAUUUGAAUGUGGGUUGGAUAAUGUUUCUGAAGAUGCGGUGGCAGCAGUGGUGCAUGCAUUGGAGAAUCACCUGAAGGACAUCCUAACGGCAGUGAUAUCCAGGAGAAGAUCAUACCGUUUACGUGACGGCCAUUUUAAAUAUGCGUUUGGAAGUAGCAUCAAUCCCCAGCCAUAUUUAAAGAACAGCAUUAUUGCUUACAACAACAUUAUUGACUGCCCCCCUCCAGGUACACCUGUAAAUACUGGACCGAGCCCUGGUUCCCAUAUCUCAUCAGAUGAUGCAGAGCAACAAGCAGCCCUCCUUUUAGCCUGCUCUGGUGAAGAUAUGUUGGCCUCUCUGCCACCAGUGAACAUGUAUGACCUUCUUGGAGCCCUCCAGGUACACCGGGAAGUGAUACCAGCGCACACAGUCUACGCCUUGAAUAUAGAGAGGAUAUUGGCUCGACUCUGGCACCCGAGCCACGAGGAGCUCGAACAAGAUAAGAUUCACCGACAGAGGCUGGCAGCCAAAGAGGGCCUCGUAUGUUGACUGGCUGUAGUCUGAGUUCUGGAGCUCAGAACCUGCGUCGCAUCAACUGCUUAAAACAAAUACGUUAGAUCCAUCCUCAACCUCCAUUUUGUGUCCGUAUCAUCAAUGGAUAAUCUCCACACUAGCAGGCAUUAUUGGCAGAUGUGAGUCUAAACAAAUGCAAGGCAUUACUUCAAUUUGACAGUUUUGAUAAAAUAUGCACCAUAAAUGUCUUAGAAAUGUUGAUCCACUGAGGCAGCAACAUUGCUGACAUACAUGCAUCACAGACGGUUGGUGUGGCCACACAAGCCUUGAAGCGGUCUACAUUUCAGCUUGCCGCUUGUGGUAUUGUCUCAUGAUGUUCUCAAUUACCCUAUUUGUAUUUUCAUAUUUGUCCGUGACAGUGCUGCAUAUAGUUUGUGAUCGUUUUAAAAGAUUGGUUGUCUAAAAUCCUUUCCCAGAACGUGCAACAUGAACUAACAAAACCUUGCACAAUUGCAUCAGCUUUGAUGAUAAUAAUUUAUUUUGGACAUCAGAACAAUCUCAACCCCUUCUCCCCCCCACUACAAGUUAUUUCCCGUUAACUUAUUUUUUCCUACAUGCACAUUAGCACACCUGAUUCUCCCACCUGCCACCUAUUCUGAAGAUGAUAUUCAGUCGUCAAGUAAGCUCACAGAGAUGCUGCCUGUCCUGCUGAGUUACUCCAGCAUUUUGUGUCUGUCUUGUGUAUAAACCAGCAUCUGCAGCUUCUUCCUGCACAAGGUCACAUCCUACUUCUCUUUGGAAUGUGCCAGGAGUCCCAUGCGGUCACGUGGAGAAUGUUGCAAACUCUAUGCAGGCAGAACCGAGCAUUAGGAUCGAACCCAGGUCACUGGAACAAUGAAUCAGCUGUACUUCCUGCAGCUACCCUGUUGUAGCAUGAAUUCUGAAGUAAAUUGGUUACCCCAGAAAGAGAAACACAAAAUGCUGGAGUAACUGAGCGGGACAGGCAGCAUCUCUGGAGAGAAGAAACUGGUGACGUUUCAGGUCUUCUCCACCAAAAACGUCACCCAUUCUAUCCAGAGGUGCUGCCUGUCCCGCUGAGUUGCUCCAGCAUUUUAUGUUUCUCUCUCUGGGGUAACAGGGUGCCUUCGGAACUGCAGUUCCUUCCUACGCAUAAACUGGUUACCCACUCUGCUGAAGAAGAGUUAAUAAUUACACAUAAAACAGGUUGAGCAAGAAAUAGCCAUAAAUAUUCAAGGUCUGUGUGGUUUGCCUUUGGUGUUUAACAUCUGUGAACUGACGUGAUGAAAUAACUUUGCUUGGCAACUUCUAAUUCCUCUUUGCUUUUGCUAGUUUUUUCCAGAAAUGUUUUAAUUGAAGGAAAAUAUCCUUAUCAGGAGUGCAUGAUUUGUCAAUGCAUUGUAAUAACGACAUGGAAUAUGUUUAUUUUUGUACGGUAGGAAAUUGAGAUUUAAUCUGUAUAAUACAAGUGCUUUUUGUAUACAUGUUUUUUUACAUUUUUGUUUUACAUGUUUGUAUUUAUAAUUUUAUUUUGUAGUUCAUGUGCAAAAAAGCUGUUAUCAAUUCAUUUAAAUCUCAAUAAAGUCAAAUGUCAUUUAGAUUA